GCGCAAGGAGGAGCGAGAGGAGGAACGUGGGAAAGAGCAAGAGAAGCGGCGGGAGGAGGAGCAGCAACAGGAAGAGGAGCGGGAGAAGGAGAGGGAGGAGGAGAGGGAGGAGGCACGGGAGGAGCGGGAGCGGGGUUAUGGUGGGAUCUUUGUCACAUUGUUUGGCGGAGGAGCGGGAAGGGGGGGAGGAGGAGGAGGAGGAGUGCAAGGAGUGGGAGAAAGAGAAGAAGAAGUGCGAGAAGGGAGAAGGAGUGGGGAAGGAGCAGGAGCGAGCUAUGGCGCAGGAAGAGGAGUGGGAGGAGAGGGAGGAGGAACAGGGGGAAGAGCAAGAGAAGCAGCGGGAGGAGCAACAGGAGGAGCGGGAGGAGCAACAAGACGGGGAGCAGGAGAAGGAGAGGGAGGAGGAGAGAGAAGAGGAGAGGGAGGAGGAGAGGGAGGGGGACCGGGGCUAUGGCGGGAUCUUUGUCACGUUGUUUGGCAGAGGAUGAGCGGGAGGUGGAGUGGGAGGAGCUGGAGAAGGAGCAGGAGGAGUGGGAGAGGGAGCGGGAGGGGAAACGGUAAGGGGUGAAGAAGGCGCGGUGUUGGUGCGAAUACC